GCGUGCGGCCCCAGCAAAACAGUAAGUAGCUACCGAGCUGCCGGAGCUGCUGGACAGCAUAUAGCCUUAAAACUGUGCCAACGGCCAUUGUACCUUACCUUUUUCUCGUCCGACUCCACUCUAUGCACAUCCUCACCACAAUCGGUCGCGACCGAUUCGGUUUUGUUGUUGUUGCCGCGCUCCCCGCUCCGCUCGCACCGACGAUAAGUUCUGUCAAUCAAAUUGCCAUCUUUUCCGGGCCCAACGAAUUGGUUCCCCCUAUUUUUUUUUUGUCACGCGGAGAAGCUUUCCCUUUCACGUUCGAUGAACUUCGCGUAAGUUUUUCAGGAGCUUGACACUUCAAAAAAAGAAAAACGCGCGACGAACGGAAAAGUGGUUUUGUUUUUGAAUGUUUUCAAGCUUUCCGGCCAGAGACAGCAGCCAUCUAUAGUGAUUCCCGUCAUUUUGUUAUCCCUUUGAAUGAAUGUCAGUUAGAAGGAAAUCGUAGCGAUUUGUAGGUUAUAUUUACAGUGCCGCGCGUCGCCGUGUGGAAUACACCUUUCAAAAGUUACAGUGCUGAUUGCUCGCAAGUCACAAUACAUCACACCCCGUUCUGAUGUGCCGAUGCCAGUCAUGGAAAACCUGAUAGCGUGGAAGCCGUUGCGCAUGCUGAAGCGACAUUAUUUGAAACCACACAAUCGGCAAUGGAAUUUACCUUGGUCGUCCUGCUUCUUCCUCUUCGUUUGUGUCAUCACUACAACACGCGCUAGCCCGUUGAUGCAUCAGGCCGUCAACUCAGUUACGGGCAGCGGCGGCGGCAGCAGCGGCGGCGCAAGCGGAGUCGUGGACCUCCAACGCUUUUCGCGUUCUCAUUUCGCCUUCUCCUUGGACCUGUACUCGGCCCUGGCCGGCCAAAGCCCGGCCAAUAGCGAGGGCGAGGCGGGCAACUUGCUGUUCUCACCUUACAGCGUGUCGACAGCCCUUUCAAUGAUCUUUCUGGGCGCCGGGGCCGGAUCAACGACUUCCCUCCAGCUUCGCUCGGCCCUGCAUUUGAACAAUUUCAGCUUCAGCGACGUUCACGACUCCUACAAGACUGUCAUCAACAAAUUGAGCGACCCCUACUACGCCGAAAUACUCGUGACCAUGAACGGCAUCUUUCAACAGGAAGGCAUUUUCGUCUCGGAGAAAUACAAGCGAGCUCUGGAGGAAUUCUACAACGUCCAAAUACAGCCAAUGGAUUUUGUGCGGCAUCCGCAGCUGGCCGUUGACAAUAUCAAUUCGUGGGCAAGGAACUUCACCAAGCAGAAAAUUCCGCAUUCGCUCCGCAAGACGGCAGCGCCAGCGUCCGUUCACCCAGAGCUAGGGAUCACCCUGGCCAACGGACUGGCAUUCCGAUCCCACUGGCUCUUUCGAUUCGACCCUGCUUCCACUUUUGACAAGGGACUCUUUUAUACUACAUCGAAAAAAAGGUUUGAAAUUCCCAUGAUGGUUGGACGAUUCAAAAUUCCAGUGGGCUAUAGUUCUGACUUGGAGUGCAGGAUCGCAGAAUUGCCCUUCUCAUCUAGGAGGGUUUCUUUUUUCAUCAUUCUACCGGAUGAUGUCGAUCGAGGAAUAACCAAGCUUGAAGCCAACAUGACCUCUGAUAACAUCAAAGCACUUUUCUCUACGCUCAAGGAUGAAACAGUGAACAUCCGGCUUCCGAGGUUCCGCUUGGAGCAGCAGGAAAUUGAGCUGACAAAGACUUUGGCAGCGCUAGGAAUUCACGAUGUCUUUGACAAUGAAGAAUCAGAUUUAAGCGGCAUCUCAAGUGAAAAACUUCACUUAAACCAUGUGAUUCACAAAACAUUUUUGGAAGUGGAAGAAGACGGAAUGGCUGAGUCUACAACUUCAGGAUUGAAUCGAUUGGGAGCUUUUGGUGAGAAGUACUUUGAAGUGGAUCAUCCCUUUAUCUUCUUUUUAUGGGACUACCACAGUGGUAUCCUUCUAUUUAUCGGAAGAAUCACAACUCCGGAGCCUUGGAUUAAUUAAACAUGUGUCUAAAUAAAUUAUGACACUGCAGAGACUUAAUAUUUUCACGCAUCUUUUCCUUGCACAUCUAUCUCUUAUUUUAGUUUGUAGACUGUAUGUGCAUGUUUCUGUAUAUACAUUUGUUCCACUGUUUCA